GAUCGUCUUUGUUGCGUUCUUGCUCAUCACGACGUUCUCCAUCAUGAACAUGAUUGUCAUUGUUGAGAGCACCCUGGAAGCUGCCUUGGACCAGAAGCUCCAAGCCAUGCGUGACCAGGAAUACCAAACUACGAUGGCUGCCGUGAAGGUUGACGUUUUUCGACGUGCUGAUGGAAAUGGGGACGGUCACAUCACAAAGGAAGAGCUUAUGCAAGCUCUUCUGAAGCCGGAUGUGCGUCUCUACCUGCGGGAAGUUGGCAUUGACAUAACCAAUGCGGAGUUCAUUUUCGACGUCAUUGACUACGACGGCUCUGGGGAGCUGGAGUACAAGGCUCAGUACGAAAUUUGGAGCAAUGGAUGGGCUAUUCUGCGACGCAUCGAUGCUGAGUUUGCUCUGGGACUGGUCAAAGCACGUGGUGAGGCGAAAGCCCAGGACCGGUUUCUGGUGCUUGGGCUGGGAGGGGCGCCGGCCCCCCAAAUCGGUGAGAAUAGGUUCAUUGACGAAUCGAUGUAUCAUUAG